CCCGCUGAAAACAUUGUUAUCUAUCGGUGAGCGCGGAGAUCGCGUGCGAGAGCAACAUAAAACAAACGCGUACGCCAAGUCCAUAGGGAGUCCUUCCCAGAUCCUGCUGCUCUUUACCGAACGAUACGAUCGUCAAUCGCACUUCGUUAAUCGCAACGAGUACUGCUACCAUUAUCAUUUGUUUGUGAAAUUUUCAACAGCUGAUCAUGGAAGUCAUGGCCAAUUCCGUUGACAUUCAUGAUACAUCACUUCCGAAGACCGAAAACAUCCUUCAGGAAAAGGCAACCGAAAUUAAUAUCAGUUUACAGAUUAAAAGGAAUUGCCUUCUGGCGCUGAACAAUAUAUCAAAAAUAACGGAUAAUCUCUAUUUAUCUGGUGCAAUGUCUCUAAGUCCAUCUGUGCUGGAAGCUCUUGAUAUAAGAUACGUUAUCAAUGUUGCCCCAGAGCUCCCCGACACCCCUCUACCAAGCAACGUUAUUAAGUAUACAAGAAUUCCUGUAUACGACAACUUGAGUUCGAAUUUACUGGAAUAUUUUGAGUCCUGUGCGGAUGCAAUACAUGAGGAAGCAUCCAACAACAGAAAUGUCCUGGUACAUUGCGUAGCUGGAGUUAGUCGAUCAGCAAGUAUAUGCAUAGCAUACGUUAUGAAAUACAACAAAUUCAACUUGCUGCAAGCUUACAAUUACGUCAAAGAACGAAGACCAAUCGUUAGGCCCAACUGUAGUUUUAUAAAUCAACUCAUAAGUUUCGAAAACACCCUGUACAGCUCGAAUUCUAUAUCUUUGGUAUUCAAUGACCACCUUAAAAUGAUGAUCCCGGACAUUUACGCGAAAGAUUACAAAAGUCAUCAUGAUAUAAGGAAGGAAAGAAACAGCAGCGUGAAAGGGUGAACAACACUAAGGUAGUUUUUGAUAACAUUAUUUUAAUAUAUUAAAUUUCCAUAAUUUUAAGCAUUUACCUCACGUUAAUUAAACAGUCAGAUGUUUNUUU